CCUUUUCCCCCUCCAAUGACUGGAUCAUUGCCUUUUCCUCCUCUGGACCCCUGUAGUGUCAAGAUACCCUCCCUAUCUCUCCUCCACCCAAAGACCCAAAAAGCUGACCUAUGCAGAGUUUGGACAGAGCUAUGCAUGCGUGAGAGCCAAGCCCGGAUCCGGAACCAGCAGCUGCUGCAAGACUUUGCAGGACUGGAGGCCCAGUUAGCAGAUCUGGCAGCCAAGGUGGAUGCUCUGAGGAGGAGGAAGAGAGAUUAUGAAGAAUUCCUGCAGAGGCUGAAGGGGGACCUGCCAAAGCACCUGGGAGCUAGUAGGAGGCAGGGUCUGGUCUCAGAGAAGCCCCCGGAAUUGCUGACAAGGCCACUCUUUGCUGACUGGGAUGGGCAGUUGCCUUUAGAAAUUGAGUACCAGAGUGAACCAUUGAACUUAUCUCCUUUUGACAUAGCGCCAACCCAUGCCACAGGAGCUCAAGGGAGACUAGGGCCAGGGUUUUGGGAGUAUAAGCAGAGCAAAGCCUCCUUUGACCAUCCUUUCUAUUCCCCCACAGCUCACCCUGUCAGAAAACAUGGUGGCCCAGCCUUCCCUCCCCCGUGGUCUCCACAGAGACUGCAGAAGAAUAAAAAGGCCUGGCUCUUUCCUGGUCAAGGAAGAAGCCAUUCUUCAUCCUCUCAGCCUUGGCCAGUCCCUGGUAAGACCACUGUAUUAGGGAGAGGCCGUCGUCUCCCAGAAGAAUGGCUGGAGCCUGUCAUGGCCCAGGCACUUGAGGGUCAGACCAUAGGCAGUCCCAUGGUCAGCAAUACUCUUCAGGGCAAACAGGCAAAGAGGCACUCCAAUCUCAGCAGGGGAGGCUCAGCAGAGGAGCAUCAUGACAUGGCUAUGAAGAGGGAAGGCCACCGUCUGCCAUGUGACCCAGCAGGGCUUUCCUAUCAUCUGAGGCUGCGUGGAGAGGCACCCAGCCAUGUGGAUGAAAGCCACCUUGGGCUGCCACUGAUGCUUUCCGGCAAUGACAGUUCAGGUGCCUCAGUCUCCUCCUCAGCUGAGGUGAAUUCUGGGCACUGGGUGGCUGAAAGGAACACCAAGGGUUUGCCUAGGCAACAAAGGAUGAAGGCAAAGCAGCAGGAUGCAGACACCACAAUGAUCUCGAAUGAGGAAUGUGCACAUAUGUCCUGGGAAAGAUCCCCAAGACUGCUGGAACAUGAAGAAAUUGAGAUAAUUCAAGGAUCUAGGAAGGUAUCGAGGGAGAAGAUGCUACUUUGCUGGGAAGAGCAAGGAAAUGGAGAACUCAGAGAAAAGGGGGAAAGCAAAAAGGGGAUAAGUGUUGAAUCAAGAGAAGAAGCCAUACAAAGAUUGGAUUUGGAUGCCCUUGGAGAAGGGGGAGAAGCCACAGGAAGUCUGAAUUUGGGGCUAGAACAAACUACAGAGGAAUGUUGGCCUCUGAGGGAGCUAGGGGCUCAGGAAGAUGAGGAGAUAAGUGAGAGGGCUAGAGGACUGGAGCAGGGGCAAGGAAACCAGGGUGGUAGCAGUGUGGGUGAAGUAGGCACAGCUGGGGAAGACAAUAGCCUGGAGUGUUUUGAUCAGGGCCAGGAAGAUUUAGAGGAGGACAUAGUAGAGGAGAAAGGCCAGGCAAACUUGGGACCAGGAAGUCAGGAGGAGGAGAGUGUGAAGGAGAAAAGCAAUUUGCAGUGUAGUAAUGGAGAGGAAGAAAAGAGUGAUCAAGAAGCAGAAGGACAAUCCAGUGAGAAGACUAGCAAGCCAGACAGGAGUGAGGAAAGCCAGAAUGGCAUCAGUGGAGACAAGGAAGGAGACCUGGAGCGCACUGAUGGGAGCCAGGAGGGACCCACUUACCUCAAAGAGAAAGAAGAAGCAGCCAGUACCAGUAGCAGCUCGGAUGAAGUUAUUAUAGUACCCCAGAUGGGCGUCACAUCAGAGCAGGACAAUAGGGGGGACUGUCAAACCCCCAGUUUGCAGAGUGAGGGGCCUCUAGCAACCAAGGCAGGUAAGUGUAAUGUUCGGAUUCCUUCCCCAAUUAGAUUUCUAAGCCUUAUCAAGGUGGCCUACAGAAAAUGUCUUUCCCAGUCCUCCACCUCCUAUCCUGUGUGGAACAAGGACAAAAUGUGCAUCAUCAGCAGAACAAAAUCUACUGGUGAGGAGGAAGAGGAGGAGGAGGAAGAGGAGGAGGAAGACAAUGAAGAAGAGGAAAGUGAAGCUGAUACAGAUAUUGAAGCAUCCUUGGCUCCACACUCCAAUAAACCAGAAACUACAAGGGAGCAGCAGGAAGACACUGUGACUCCAAACUUCCAAGAACUCGAGGCUGACUCAGAAGAGGCAAAUAAAGACGGGGAUCUACAUGACAAAGACGAUUUUUAUGACUGA